AAUUGGAAUCCACCCACCCAUCGAAUCCAUUCGUCGUCAAGAGGCAGCAAGAAUCUGUGGCUUUUCUCCUCCCGUCGUCGUCGUCGCAGCCACAGGUUCCUCCAUCCAACCCUCACCUAAUCCUCUCUCUUUCUCUGCUUCAUGUGACGCGUUCCCGGCAACUCCAUCUCCGGCCGCACAUCGCGGCUAGGAGCUCCCCGAAGGGCCCGGUUUAUGCUGGAAUUCUACUGCAACAAAAGCUUUGGCUAGUUCUUUGGGGCAGAGUAGGUUGUGGAAGUCUUUACUUUUUAGGGGGGGAAAAGGAGGAGUUUGUUGGGAACAGAUUUGCAGUGAGAGACUGAAUCUUCUAUAACACUUUUUAGUGUGGAACCUUAUGACGGAGAGUGAUCAUGUAUUUGGAAAGCUUCCCGAUCAUCUUCUCAUAGAAAUUUUUGUCCGCGUACCUAUCUGUGAGUGGUCUCAGGUCUCAUGUGUCAACAAGCACUGGGCUGCGAUAUUUCGAGGGGAGAGCUUCUGGCAAACUGCUGUCAUCAGAACCUGGCCGUUUGCUUGCCAGAGGAAACGGUGGCCUGGACCUAUUCCUCGUGGUUCUGGUAGGAGGAGAUAUGCAGCAUUAUAUGUUAGUGAACACAUUAUUGCAUCAAAUGGUGAAAUUGACGAACUUUUGGGUCAUGCUUACUUGUAUCUUAAAGAGCAGCUUGAGCUUUCAACAAUGACUCCUCCUUCUAGCAUCCUACAUGGAACCAUGAUUGAUCAAUUUAUUGCCUGUGGUAGGUCAAGAGACAAGGCUCAUGAGCUUGCUUCAGAGAUUUGGCUAGCAGUCAUCAACAAUCUUGAAGAAAAUCAACACACAUUUUUGCUGUUAAAACGUCUUGCACAAGAGGGAGAUUUUUUUCUUCCAUUUCCCUACACAAGAUCCUACAAGGUGCUGUGCAGGGUAUUCGAGAAGCUGUUUACUGACUUCCGCGAUUGUUUGAGCCGUGAAGAUUACUAUGAUGUGUUGGCAUGUGCCAAGUCAAGGUUCCGGCCAAUCCCAUCCACUUGGCUGGGGUACUAGCUCUGUUCAUUUCUGUUAGUUGCCGGUUGAAACUUUAUAUGCAGUUGGUCAUCUCAUUUUGUGCCAAUACCCAUGAUCAGCUUUUCGCAAGCUUCGACAAGCUAUUUAUAUGUUUGGGUUUGAACUAGUUGUAAUUUUUCAUCUCAGAUUGUGCCUACCAUCUGCAAAUGAAUUGUCUUAUCAAAAAUACAUGUAGCACUUGUUUCAGCUGAGCUUAUAACUGUCUAUCAUAUCAAAUCU